ACAAAUAUAAAUAUUUUGAGAUUCUGAGACGCACAUCAAUCCAAGUGCAUUUUAGUGUUGUUUUUGAGUGAUUUAGGUAUAUUUCUUCAUUCGAUGUGAGUUUACUUGUAAUUCAACAAAUCCUUUUGUAACAUUAGAUUGGCGAAAUGCAUCGUCGGGGAGGAAAACGUAUCCGGAUGGAUGAACCUCCUCCGGAAUUCGAGGAGCAUCCUGAAGCGCCGUAUCACGCUGAACCGCUUAAUGAGAGUUGGUCUUCCGGAGGGGCCCCCGGAGAAGGACCCUCUGAGGAACAGCAGCCGGAGGAAAGCACUGGUCGACGUGGGGGAAGAAUGACUCGCUUGAGGGCGCGUGGUGGUGUUCCACUGAAAGCGCCUAUUAUUGAUGAGGAUGAUGAUGAUAUUUUUUUCGGAUCGAGAUAUGAGCAGCAGCAGCUACAGCAAAAGAAGCGAAAAGCGCCGAGGAAAUUGCGUGGGGAAACCGUCCCGAAGGAACCACGUGAAAAGAAAGAACGAGCAUACCAUCACGAGCACGAGGAGAGAGUCGUAGUGACGGAUCGCGAAAGUACAACGGACGAGACAAGUCUGUAUUUCAUUCUCAGACAUUCGAAGUCGGCUAUAACCGGAAUAGUGGACGAUUGGAUUGAGAGUUACAAAUUGGAUAAAGAUUCAGCUCUGAUUGCACUGAUGAAUUUCUUCGUCCAUGCCAGUGGAUGUAAGGGGAAGAUUACGCCGGAGAUGCAACAGACGAUGGAACACACGGCUAUCAUUCGUAAGAUGACCGAGGAGUUCGACGAAGACAGUCAUGAGUAUCCCCUGAUCAUGCCUGGACAGCAGUGGAAAAAGUUCAAGAUGAAUUUUUGUGACUUUGUUCAGACUUUGGUCAAGCAGUGUCAAUAUUCUAUCAUCUAUGAUCAAUUUUUGAUGGACAAUGUCAUUUCACUGCUAACGGGACUCUCGGAUUCACAGGUUCGAGCCUUUCGUCAUACGGCUACCCUGGCCGCAAUGAAGCUGAUGACAGCGCUGGUCGAUGUGGCACUGCUUGUGUCCGUUAACUUCGACAAUGCGGCCCGACAGUAUGAUGCGGAACGGUUAAAGCCUCGUGAUAAGCGCGCUCCGGACCGCCUGGAGUCAUUGAUGGCGAAACGCACUGAGCUGGAGGAAAAUAUGGACGAAAUCAAGAACAUGCUUACGUAUAUGUUCAAGUCAGUUUUCGUACAUCGGUAUCGAGAUACUUUACCGGAAAUAAGAGCCAUUUGCAUGUCUGAGAUUGGCAUUUGGAUGCAGAAAUUUUCGCAGAAUUUUCUGGACGAUUCCUAUCUCAAGUAUAUCGGAUGGACGUUGCAUGACAAGGUCGGCGAAGUGCGUUUGCGAUGUUUGCAAGCACUGCUACCUUUGUACGAAAAUGAGGAGUUGAAGGGGAAACUGGAGCUGUUUACGUCGAAAUUUAAGGAUCGAAUCGUGGCGAUGACAUUGGACAAAGAGUUCGAGGCGGCCGUUCACGCAGUGAAGCUGGUGAUCAACAUUUUAAAAAUCCACCAGGACAUCCUGACGGACAAGGAUUGUGAAAUUGUGUACGAGUUGGUGUACUCGUCACACCGCGGAGUUGCGCAAGCUGCGGCAGAGUUCCUCAACGUGCGUCUCUUCUGUCUGGACGCUGACGCGCAAGUAACCUAUACGAAGCGAGGCAAGAAGCGUUUAUCGAAUACCCCGUUGAUUCGUGAUCUGGUGCAGUUUUUCAUCGAAUCCGAACUGCACGAACACGGUGCAUAUCUGGUGGAUUCAUUUAUCGACAGUAACCCAAUGGUUAAAGAUUGGGAAUGCAUGACUGAUUUGUUGCUCGAGGAGUCGGGUCCCAUGGAGGAAACGUUAGAUAACAAGCAGGAAUCGACGCUGAUCGAGAUCAUGGUUAGCGCUGUUCGGCAAGCUGCCACUGGAGAACCACCGGUUGGUCGGGGCAGUAGCAGGAAGAUGACACUCAGCGCGAAGGAGAUAAAACAAGUACAGGACGACAAGCAGAAGUUGACGGAACAUUUCAUUCAAACUUUGCCACUACUGUUGAACAAAUAUAGCGCUGAUAGCGAAAAGUUGACUAAUUUGUUAGCAAUCCCACAGUACUUUGAUUUGGAAUUAUACACAACCACCAGACAAGAAGCGAAUCUGCAAGCAUUGCUGGACAAAAUGACCCAUAUAAUGUCGAUUCACGUUGAUCGUGAAGUUUUGGAGACCUGUUCGAAGACGUUUGAAUUCUUGUGCACUGAAGGAAGUGCUAUCUAUACUCGCUGUGACGUGGCGAGGUCCAAUGUUAUCGACGAGUGCGUCAAUCGCUACAAGGAGGCAAUCGAUGAUUAUCGUAACCUUAUUGCUGGAGAAGAAACUCCAAACGAGGACGAGAUAUACAAUGUCAACAUAAGCUUGAAGAAGGUUUCAAUUCUCUACUCGUGUCACAACUUGAACCCUUGGAAUUUGUUUGACUCGCUCUAUCAGGAUAUCGAGGAAAGUCUCUCCGAAAACGCCGGAGAUAACGGAAUUCCUCAUGAGGCCCUAGUUUACUGUAUCGAAGCUUGCUUCUUUUCUAUAAAUUGGGGAUUGUAUUAUCUUGAAAACACAAUGGACAGAUCCGCAUCCUCAGAGGUGGAUGAACUGUCAGGUAAUCUCAAAAAAUACUUCGGCGCCUGCAACGAACUGAUGCACUACGAAGUUGCUCCAACAGUUCAGGAAGCUGCCUACAUGUCGAUAUGUGACCUUCUUGUCGUGUUCAGUGAUCAGUUGGUGACCCAUCCCAACGAGAAUAUAAGAAAACUUGUUUACAUUCCAAGCCCCGAACAGCAAGGCCUGUUGAACGAAUUUGUACAGGCGAAUGUGUUCUCGACUGAACAGGAGGAAGGACAUGACGAGACCAGGAUUGAGGAAUUGCACAAGAGACGAAACUUUCUAGCAGCUUACUGCAAAUUGAUUGUGUACAAUAUUCUCCCCAUGAAAUCGGCCGCAGAUAUCUUCAAACACUAUCUCAGGUGCUACAAUGAAUAUGGAGACAUUAUUAAAACAACCCUUGGCAAGACCCGCGAGAUCAACAAAGUGAACUGCGCAAUGACAAUGUGUCUGAGUUUGAUCAACGUCUUCAAAGACAUCCAAGAAGCCUCCCCAAAUGGUCGGGUAUCUAAGAAUUCACAAGAGUUCCAGGACCUUAAAGAGUUAGCAAAACGUUUCGCCCUUUCGUUCGGUUUGGAUGCAGUAAAGAAUCGCGAGGCCAUUACUGUAUUCCACCGGGCUGGAAUUCUAUUCGCCGUCACUGUUUCAGCUGAUGGGUACGAAGAUCCUUCGGCGCCACCACCGUGUAUUGCUUUUCUAGAGGUUCUGGCUGAAUUGACCAAUAAGCUGAUCAAGCAGGACAAAAAGUUGAUUCUCAAUUUCAUGGAGCGACGACUAAACGCUGGAAUACCGUCAAGUCGCUCGGAGGACUGGCAGUCUCUUGUGACGUACAAAAAUUCUCUGUUGCACGGCGAAACGGAUCAAGUUCCGGUGACAUCGAAGCGAGCCUAUUCACGCAAGAAGAAGGAUUAUGAUCAUGAUGAUGACGAGGAACACGAUGAUGAAGAUGAUCAGGAUUAUGUUGCGUAAUUCUCAAUGCAUUUAUAACACUAUAAGAAAAUCUUAUUCAAUAAAGUGUAAUAUGAGA